CACCUUGGUCCUCAGAAGGUCUGCGUCUCUCGUCACAGUCGCGUUGCACGCUCAGCUGUCCCGGCUAUCCCUGGCAUCUCUCAAUCAACCCUCUCACUUCAGCCAACUAUUUCCUCCUGCCAACUUACGCAAUCGCACAAUCGGGUGUGAGGUGUUCGCGGAUCAUCCGUGUUCUCAGCGGUGCUGCCGGGUUCCACUACUAAUUUCACUUUGACCGUGUUGUGUGACCACGUUGUAGAUGUAGUGAACGUGAACGGAUUACAGUGCUCCAAAAAUGAUGUACCUCUCUCAAUUCAAAACUUUCAAUAACAUAGUGUUAUCCAACAUUACCUAAUCAUUUAGAUAACAGUUCAACUCAGUUCCAUUGAUAAUAUUAUCUCGUGAGUGUACUAUAAGGAAACUUUGUGGAACUGUAUCGUGAUGCUCGUGUUUUCCGUGUGAAAUAGUUGAAGAAAUGCAGUGAUUUUGUGAAUGAAAGCCAUGCGGCCUGACAAGGAGUACUUUGGUUGUCUCUUCAAGCUUCUCACAUCAUCACUUGUUAUCAUUCUACUUCCUGGUCGAACCAGCCAACAGGACGCAGAGAUCAACAAUAGCGUUGGAGACGUUUCUGCAUUGCCUGCGGCUGAGCUUUCCCCCCUCAGAGGCCCCUACUUCGACACAUCUGCUUCGAAAAACGUCACAGCCCUUGUUGGCAAAACAGCCUACUUGAACUGCCGGGUACGCAACCUGGGCAAUAGAACGGUAUCGUGGGUGCGUCAUCGCGACAUCCACCUGCUCACUACAGCCAGGUACACAUACACAAGUGACCAACGGUUCCAGUCAAUACAUUCGCCACAGACAGAGGACUGGACCUUGCAGAUUCGCUAUCCGCAGCGCAGGGACUCUGGGGUUUACGAAUGCCAAGUCAGCACAACCCCGCCCAUCGGCACUUCCAUGUACCUCUCCGUUGUUGAGCCAGUGACCACAAUCCUCGGUGGUCCUGAGAUGUACAUCAACAAGGGUAGCACAAUGAAUCUCACGUGUGUAGUGCAGCACAGCCCUGAGCCACCACCUUCCGUCUACUGGACUCAUAAUUCAGAGGAGAUCAACUACGACUCUCCACGCGGGGGCGUGAGCGUGAUAACGGAGAAGGGAGACAUGACGACGAGCUACUUGCUGAUUCAGCGCGCCCAGGCGGCCGACUCCGGCAAGUACACGUGCAACCCGUCCAACGCCAACUCCAAGACUGUAGUCGUGCACGUGCUUAAUGGAGAGCACCCAGCAGCAAUGCAACACGGUGGUCAGCUUCGCCUACAGAAUCCUAUGAGUGUUUUCAUCAUCAGUGCCACAGUCAUCCUUUUAGGCUCGUGAGUGUAAUGCUGAAGAAAUGACAUGAGUUCGACUGUUAUUGACUCUGUAAAUACUGUAAGAAUGUUGUUUUUCAAGAGAAAUUAUUGUUGAUGGAACUGAUAAAAUGUGUGAUGAAACUCUUUGUACUUCGGAUAAUCAGUGUGAAUAGUCUACCCACGACUCACUUUCUCACAAUAUAAUAAAAGUGUUGAUGUGGAAAAUCGUAAUCUAUCUUCAUCACUUGUUUAGACAGGAACAAUGAUCAAAAUAAUCACCAAAUUUCUUAUUUCAAAGGGAUGAAUUUACUGAAUCAACUUAAAAUUAAUAUUAGUAUCCCAAUAUCUAUAAAGCUACUCCAUGAAUGUAGCUUCAUCACAAUUUAUUAUCAACCAUAUUGAUGACUAAUGUAUUCCAGCAUUGAAAAAAUUGAGAUCCCAUAAGAAUUUGUAGAAGUGAUAUUUUUCUAUUCCUCAAGUAAAUCAGUAGCAGUGGUCAUCGUAACCUGUGAUCUGUAACAGAUAUCUCAUAAAAGUAAUUCUUGUAUUGGUUUAAAUGUUAGAUUUUCAUUUCAAAGUGGAGGUUACAGAAUUUGAAAAUGUCUUAUUGUUAACAGUAUCAUAAUAAUCGCAAUAGUGGAGAUGUACUAUUAUCCACGAUUUGGAGCUCAUGAUCAAUGUUAUGUAAUGUUAAAUUCUUGUACUAUUUAAAUACCUAUACCAUGUAAAUAAUGACAAGACUUAGUGAUUUAAUCCAGACAGUAAUAAGUAAUGCUCUGUAUUUUGAUGGAAGUACCUAUAUGAGAAUGAGUACUUUAUCGUACAUAAGGUAAGUUGUAUAGCAAUUAACCUUCGAAUCCAAUAUCUGAAAAGUGAUUCUCUAUUGUUAAUGUUCCCUUUCCAAAUAAAAAUUGAGAUUAUUAUUUGUU